GUCGCAGGUCGCCCGUACAUCCAACAAGAAAAGCAAUUCUACCCCUCAGCCGCAGUCAAUAUCUUCUAUUGAUCGUAGCACGCACCCGAGGGUCUCUCUUCAUUUACCGACCGAACGAAACGAAAAGAGUCGCGGCGAAAGAGAUUAGAUUUGUUUUUGAAGAGUGUUGUUGUCGCGGCACGUUUCCCUACACCUUUUCGCUCGCCGAAGCUUCUAUCAUUCACUUCCUUCAGUCGUCCGGUCGACCUUUAAACACAUACACCCUUCUCUUAAUUUACCAAACCGCGAUUAGACGGUUUCGUUUCCUCUUCUUCUCUUCUUCUUCUCUUCUUCUCUUCCUCUUUCUCUUUUUAAAUACAUUUGAAAAAGAAUUCGAGUCAAGUUCUUGCUGGCCUCGAACCCCUCGAACGUCAACUGCUUCAUCUGGCUUCAUCUGUACCGGAGCAGGCCCUCCAUUCGGACACCAACCCUAUCAUUUCAUAGAACGUCCUUACGAUCCCGAUACCAAUUCAGUUCUCUGACACUCACUUCGCUCUCCAAAUUUUCGAGGAUACUAUUGCUUCAUUAACGUCGCUGAUUUCCCAGUACUUCAAACAUUAAUCAACACGUCCCAUCUUCGGUUUAUCGUGUUUCUCAGCCUUACGGCCUCGCCGGUGUUUCGAUUCCCCACUCGGUUCAGUUGACAUCUUCCCACACAAACUGUUCUUGAGUCGUUGUUUCGACUCAAUUGAAUGGCGCAUAUGAUGUAUUCGCAACAUCAUGCGACGAUGGCUCCUCCACAGAAACCAGAGACCUUCAUGCUGAGCAGUGAAGCCCAACAAAGUCUCCCUCAAGAUGCUCAAGUAGCACUCCAACAAGUCGACAACUUAAAAUACUUUUUAAUAUCUGCUCCUGUUGAUUGGUCGGCGGAUCAAUACAUCAGACGAUUUCUCCUCCCAACUGGUGAAUACGUUUCCUGCGUGUUGUGGAACAACCUCUUUCAUAUUUCCGGUACCGACAUUGUACGGUGUCUGUCUUUUCGAUUCCAAGCUUUCGGUCGACCAGUCAAGAAUUCAAAGAAAUUCGAAGAGGGUAUCUUCUCCGAUCUGCGAAAUUUGAAAUCUGGAACCGAUGCCUCCCUUGAAGAGCCAAAGAGCGGUUUCCUAGACUUCCUAUACAAGAAUAAUUGCAUAAGAACACAAAAGAAGCAAAAGGUUUUCUAUUGGUAUAGUGUGCCACACGACAGGUUGUUUUUGGAUGCUUUGGAGCGAGAUUUGAAGAGGGAGAAGAUGGGGCAAGAGGCUACAACUGUAGCAGUCAAUGAACCAGCUUUGUCUUUCGAAUUCGACUCGUCGCAGUCCUUGUUUGAGCAACUCACAAAGGCUCAGCAAGCCAACUCUUCAUCAUUCUCUGCCCAACAACCUUCAUACAAUCAAUCACAAUCAACAUCCCCAGUGAUGCGAGCGAUGGAUUCAAUGCCUCCUCCACAGAUGGUUCCUCAAGCUAUGGCGAUGCCAGAGGAGAUGAACCAAAUGGCAGCUUAUCAACAAAUGACAAUGCAGCAACCACAAAUGCAACCACAGCAACAUCAUCAUCAUCAACAACAAAUGCACCAAGUCAAGAGAGAGCCUGAUUUCAACCGCGUUCAAUACAACCAAAACGGUGUCCCAAUCGGGCAAACACAUCAGCGACAUGCCUCUAUGCCUGCAUACGGAUUAGAGUACUCUCCCGCGCCCUCGUUCGUUUCAUCACAUUAUGAAGAUUACAGUGCUCGUGGUAUUUCAUUUGAGCCAAUUACUCCACCUCAACAAGCCCUUGGAAUGGGAGCUGAACCGGCUUAUAUUGCAAAUGAAGAAACUGGUCUCUACACAGCAAUUCCGGAUCACAUGGGUGGUGUCAAUGGCCUGCAUACUAUGAUGCAGCUACCCCCAUCAAACUUGUCUGGUCCACAAUUUUCGCAUGCAACCAGAGGUUACGGAGCAAACAAUGUCUACUCAGUGAUUGAGGGUUCGCCAACGUACAAGCAAAGAAGGCGCCGCUCGUCAAUUCCUCCAGGAGUUGCAUCAAUCGUUGCUGCUGCCGCCGCAGCUGGUCAACAUUCUCACCAAGCCCACAGGCCAUCAGAUCUACGAAGAUCGGUCUCGCAUUCUGUUGGACCAGUAGCUGAAGGUGACGAGUCAGGCGAAAACUCUCCACCUGGACUUACAUACAGCAACCAAAUUCCUCAUCAGAUGGCGCACCACAAAGAAUUAGUUGAUUUCUCCAGACAUGGAACUCCCCUGUCUACUGUCGAGGAUUCUCCGCACAUGAACCCAAUGUCCUUGCAACAAUCAGACUUCCAGUUAAACAAUGAUGAUCUUGCAGGCGAUAGCCCACUUGAUCAUUCCCCUCAACGAAGACACAUGCAAGGACCAGGUGGAGUAGUGCGAAGAGCACGAAGCGCCACGAUGAUGGAACUUGGUCCCUAUCCCCAAAAAUCACACUCAUGCCCAAUCCCCACUUGCGGUCGUCUGUUCAAGCGUUUAGAGCAUCUCAAACGACAUGUGAGAACCCAUACACAAGAAAGACCCUACAUCUGCCCACACUGCAGCAAAGCAUUCUCCCGCUCAGACAACCUAGCACAACAUCGUCGUACACACGAUCGUGGUGAUGGAUCUGAAGGUGCCUAUGGCAGCUAUAGUGGUGAAGAAGAAGACUUUGAGGGUGAAGAUCAUCUUGGACCCCUCGAAGACGCCUCUCCCAAUUCCGAGAAUGGUUACCUCCCACAAAGCAUGACGUCGAACUUCAACGGCAUGCCUAUGUCAAUGGGAAUGAUGAAUCCUGGUAUGGCUGCCCCCAGUCAGCUCAUCAAUACACAUCAGCUCAUGCAGCAACCAAUAUAGAGUUCGCUCCAAACUCCCCGUCGUUUGAAUAAUGCAGGAUUCUCGGCAUCAUUUUUGUUCACCACUUAGUCGACUUUGACACCUUCUACUUCCCCUCUUUGUAUAUGAUCUUUUUAGUAGUCUUUUCUCUAUUUUGUUUUCAUUGCAUAGCUUUGCGAGUCCUGCCGUAUGCUACACAUUUUCAUUGGCCCUCCAAAGCUUUCAUAUUUACCUCUAUUUCCUUUUAGUUUUUAUUUGAUACGGCUUUUCUAUAGGCGCUACGGCCUGUCGUGUUGGUUGCAGCUGCUUGGGAUUACUUUGAUGAUCAUGAUGGAUUUCUUUAUGAAGCUCUCAAAACCCUCAUCACUUUUUGUGGGUUGUUCGGAUAAUUGGGAAAAAUGGGGUGUCUACAAAGGAAGGAAGGAACAGAAAUUUCCGGGAAUGGGUAGAGUGGGCAGGCAAUGGCAGGUGGAUAUCUUGUGUAUUUUGUCUUGCCUUGUCUUGUCACUGGCUAAUGGACUAUUGUGCUCUCUAUCACGAGGUAGAUGGAGCGCGUAGUCCAGGGCUAGUUUUGUACGCAAUGCGAUUUCUUUUUGUGGGGUCACGCUGGGUUGUUAGCUGGAGUGGCAGUUUGCGCGUUACAAACUGAGAGAAGGGAGAACAUCACAAGGGCGAAGAUGAAGAAGGAGGUAGAGAUGAACCUCCUUGUGUAUAAUCAAGAAUGUUUUUGUAUGUUCGGUCAUUUUGGUCUUGGGGAGGGGAUUUAUGGUGUUGAUCGAUUGAUAUGAGAUCGAUGAGUGGAGUUGAUAUGAAGUGAAUAUGAGAUGCGAUGAAGAGAAUUAUAGACUAUGUUAUACCCAACUUUUACUU